AUGCAUCUUUCCGCAAGUUGUUUGAUUGGAAUACUAUCUACUGUACUGGCUAUUCCGACAAUUCGUUCAUCGUCCAAAUGUUCAGUACAACCUUGCGUGAAUUCAUCGCUGACGAAUUGUUUUGCAAAUGAAGCCGUUUGUUAUGAUUAUCAAACCAAUGAUGGCAAUCGAUAUUGUGCUCCAGCAAGUUCUUGUGAAUUAUUCGAGACAUGCAGUGAAAAUUAUCAUUGUAAAUCGAAUACAUCAGUAUGUAUUGUGAAUUCUUGUUGUGCUCAACCGAUAUGUCUACCAUUGGUCUUGGUCGAACUAUGUUCUUCUGACAAACAGUAUAGACCAAGAAAUAAUGGUAUCCAUGCUACUACGGCGGUAUCAAGUACAACACAACAAAUUGUACCAACUGGAUAUGUUGAGACAUCAACGGAAUCUAUCAGCAUAGCGCAAACUAGCACUUCGGAUUAUUUUACUGUACCAUCCAUAACUCCAGAGAUUUUCUCCUCUUCAGUCUUCCGCCCGAAAAUCUGUUCCACAGCAUCGUGGAAUCCUAUCGGAAUAACGGUUGCAUCAUUUCCCAAUCUUCUUGUAAAUGACUUCUUCGUAAAUCAACACGAUGAACUCUAUGUUCCAGACAAUCAAAACCACCUCAUUAGAAAAUAUUCUCCACAUAGUAACAAUCAAUGGACUGCUGCAACUGCCUCCAAUUUUCUCGAUGAUCCCAGUGAAAUCUUUGUUGAUCUCGAUGGGAAUAUCUACAUUUGGGAUCGAAAACAUUUUCGUGUCUACCUUUGGUCAUCCGCAACGAAUACUACUAAAACACUUCUCUCUUUCGAUAACUGUCGAAAAGCUGUGGAGUUCAAUCAGAUCUGCUUCGGAACAUCAAUAUUCGUUGACAGUAAUCACUCCAUUUAUCUAUCCGAAAGUUCAACAAAGUAUCAUCAUGCAAACCGCGUAAUGAAAUUUGAAGCGAACAGCACUGUUGGACAGGUUAUCGCUGGAACAUAUACAACAGGAUCGAAUAGGAAGGAAUUAAAUCUCCCUCGCACUGUCUUCACUGACUCCGAAGGCGUAUUAUAUGUUGCUGAUACGGCAAACUCCCGUAUUCAACAAUUCGUCCCGAAUGAUCGAAAUGGUACAACAGUCGUGACUGCUGAUGGUCUUACAGAUUUUUUGACUGACCAAGAUGAAAACUAUUUCCUCUUGAUUCAAUCGAAGAAUCUUCUCCAAAUAAUGAAUGUUAAAUCUGGACAAGCAUCUACAACAAACGUGAUUACCAAUUUGAAUCAACCAACACGAAUUCGUUUUGGGAAAGACGGAUCCAUUUACGUAUUGAACGAAGGUGAUCACAUAAUACAAAAAUUUGAAAUUCGAAACAAUAAUUGUUAG